AUGGCCGUAACCGUUGAUCGCAUCGUCGACGUCCUGAACUGGGCCGAUGCCAAGGGAACGGCUGCUGUCUUCCAGUCUCUUACGAGCGCGUCCAUUUGCUCCAUUCUCGCCAUCCUCAGGGCCUGUCUGACUGUUGUAGCCCCAGAUCCUCGCAGCGGAUCUACUCGUCUCUCCCAAUUGAAAGCUGCGUCCAACCUCUAUUGCCUCCUGAUCAACGACUCGACUCUGCCCAGCUGCGAUAAGAUGCAGGCUCCUGGUAUCAGCGACUCUAUCAAUUCGGCAAGACUAUCUGACCUCGUCCUCAAUCUUUUUAACACUGAGCAGCCCCGCCUCCCUGCUGCUGCACGUCUCGCUGAAGCUGCAGCUCUGACGUUAACGAGCGGUUCUACUGGCGUCCCAUAG